UGUCAGUUCCGAAGCUUACUGUGUGUUAUUUGCUUAAAGUGUGUUUGCUAUCAUUAAAACAAACAUUUGAGCUGGCUUCUUGUUUUGAGUGACUACAUUGUAUCUCGCCUUUGGCCACUGACUGCUGCAUACCAGUUCCUUCCAUUUUCUGAUUAACUUGCAGUCUUUGUUAAGUGUCAUGCCCAAUGGACUUUUGUUCCAUGUGGUCAAGCCACAUUGUGUGUGUCAUGUGCCCAGAUUAAGCAAGACAUUCACCAUAUUGUCAUACAACAGAAGUUCAGGCAGAAAGCCUGUUAUCAGCUGUUAGCUGAUGCUCUAACUUGAGGUGGAAGGAGGAGUUUGAGUGGGAAACAUAAAAGAAAAUCAUCACAUGACGGAAGAGCAGAAGGAGAUAAAUAGCAGAACAUGCAGGCAAGUCUUGCACUGUUAGAGUCAGUCAGGCAUGUACUUGUUGGCUUGGACAAGAGCUCUCCAACACCACUCAUUAUAUUAAAACUGCAACUCAAAUGCACGGUUGCCAACUCAGCAGGAAUAAUAAGCGGUAAUCUCCACUUUCGGCACAGCAGUUGAGCUCGUUUGUUGGCUGUGUUUAGGAAAUAGCACCUGAUGGGGUGGGAGGGGCAAGCCAGGUAAAUAACUUGUUGCAGAUUACACACACAAGGAGAAAUAUUUGCUCUUCCCUCCAGCUACUAAAUGCUUCAAAGAGCAGAAGGGAAAGGCACUAUUGUUGGAGGGGGGAGCAUGAGCACGCAGGAUGAAUUACCCCAUGAGUGGAUCGACGACCAGGGCAAGGCCGGGGACGACGCUUGUUCUCCUCGAAGAGGGGAGAGCGGCAGCCUGGGAGAAUAUGACCUGGGAGACAGCAGCCUCGCCCUGGAGCCCUCCGUCCUGGACACCACCCAUCUUUUCCCACUGAUGGAGACCAAGCUGUACAAGCGGCGCUGGGUCAUGCUCUUCCUGUUUAGUGCCUACUCCAUGAGCAACGCCUUCAUGUGGCUGCAGUAUGGCAUCAUCAGCAACAUCUUCAUGCGCUUCUACAACAUCGACAACCUGGCCAUUGACUGGCUGUCCAUGAUCUAUUUCCUCACCUACAUCCCCCUCAUCCUGCCCGUCAUGUGGCUGCUCGACAAUCGGGGCAUCAGAGACGUCGUCGUGGUGGGCGCCGCCUUCAACUGCGUCGGGGCCUGGAUCAAGACGGGCACAGCCGCCCCCAACAUGUUUGCAAUGACCUUCUUCGGGCAGUUUGUGUGCUCAGUGGCCACGGUUUAUGUCCUGGGCAUCCCGUCCAGACUUGCGUCCCUGUGGUUUGGACAGCAAGAGGUCUCCACUGCCUGUUCCAUUGGCGUUCUGGGAAACCAGCUGGGUAUUGCCAUUGGGUUCCUGGUCCCACCGAUCAUUGUGCCUAAUGUGGACGAUAUGGACGAGCUGGCGUACCACAUCAGCAUCAUGUUCUACAUCACUGCCGGAGUGGCCACCGUGAUCUUCGUCCUUGUGGUCAUCUUGUUCCAGGAGAGGCCGGAGAUCCCUCCCACCCAGGCCCAGGCCCAGGCCAGGAGCAUCCCCCCGGACGAGUACUCGUACACGGCCUCCAUCAUGAGGCUGCUGUGCAACAAACCCUUCAUGCUGCUGGUGAUCAGCUACGGGCUGAAUGUCGGCUGUUUUUAUGCCGUUUCCACCCUGCUGAACAGGAUGAUCAUUGAGCACUACCCUGGUGAAGAGGUGAAUGCAGGGAGAAUUGGUCUGACCAUUGUCAUUGCUGGUAUGGUGGGGUCCCUUAUAUGUGGCAUCUGGCUGGACAAGACCAAAACUUACAAACAGACCACCUUAGUGGUGUAUUUUCUCUCUCUGGUUGGAAUGCUCAUCUAUGCCUUCACCCUGAACCUGGGCCACAUGUGGGUGGUGUUCGUCACAUCUGGAGCUCUAGGGUUCUUCAUGACAGGAUACCUGCCUCUGGGCUUUGAGUUUGCUGUGGAGCUCACCUACCCGGAGUCAGAGGGAACAUCGUCCGGGCUGCUCAACUGCUCAGCCCAGGUCUUUGGAAUCAUUUUCACCAUUUGCCAAGGGAAGAUCAUCGAUGCAUGGGGCACUUUAACGGGAAACAUCUUCCUCUGUAUCUUUCUCCUCAUAGGAACUGUAAUGACAGGAUUCAUCAAGUCUGAUCUCCGAAGGCAAAAGGCCAACCUCCAGGCUGAGCAGGCGGCGAGCAAAAUGACGGCUGAUGUAGAGGGAGGCGUCUCUCUGCCUGUGACCCAGAAGGAGGUCAAGCUAUAAGGAGGGAGGUCCGCCUGGACCGGUCUGAGGAGGCAAACAUUCCUUUACUUUUAUCAAAGCAACAAACUCUGACAUGAUACACAAAUCACACAUGCACACGCACACACAUAUGAACAAAAGCAAGCUGCUUCCCCUUUGGUAAUGUGAAGUGUUAGCACAUGAACACUGAAUCAGACUGAGGAGCAUAUCAGCCUAUGUGAGGCUUUACAAAAGCAUCGAGAAUCAACAGACCAACAUAUGAUGUACUGUACCACGCGACGUACUGUAUGGACUCUGUGCUCUGGCCUGCACACCAGACACUCACACUCGUAUCCCAAGUGCAACUUAGCUCUACCCAAACCAUGCACAGACAAUGAAGCAAAAAGGGAACGCACUUGGAACCUCGAAAGUUCUUAUCCCUCAAAGCGGAGACUCUAGAAAAUAAUCAGCUUGAGAAAGCUCCAUGAAUUUUAUAUUUAACAGGCAUUGUUUAUUGCCUAGUGAUUCUAAGCGUUGUCAGUGCAAUGCAACUGCCACUUUAGUGACAUUACUACUCCUUGAAUUAAUCUCUGUUUCCUUAGCUUCUACCAUCCCCCCUCCAGUUAAUGUUAAUGACGUAGUAUUCUAUGCAUUGUGAUGAGCAAUAUUUAAACUGUGAUUGUUCCUCAUAUUUGACCAAUAUUGUGCAUACCUGAACUCGGUGUUUACAGUGCUCCAGGUAUUCAUGUAAAUGUUCUAUUUUUAGAAUGUGCAUGUGAAAUCGGACAAAGGACUCUGUGAUUUGUUUUCCUGUGAUGGCAUUUUGUUCUCUGUGGCUCGGGAAGCUGCCACUGCCUGCCAUGAGGGAUUACGAGGAGGUACUGCUUCUGAGUACUGCUGAUAACACUGAAUACGGUUGAUGCUGUGCAUCCGAGUACAUCUCAGAAGGUCAAUCUUGUCCUUGUUGAAGUGAUCUCUACACGAAACUCGUCCUGCUUUAAGUACACUCUCACAAGUUGGAAGGGGACGGUCACUCCUGCUGAUAAAAACAUGGAUGAACGUUCGAGAGCCUUUGGGGCGCUAAAGAAGAUUAGCACAAAACACAAUCGAAAGACGAGGCAAGUCGAUCUACUGCACUUGUCAUUUUGCACGAGGAAAUGGUAUAGUGUUGCUUUUUCAUGUGUUGUACUCUUGUAUAUUUGUUACUGAGAAAUGUAAUUCAUGCUGUGCUUAACCAAUGGUAGUUGGAUAUAUGAGGAAUGUCCAUUGUGCAGUGUGCCAUCUGCAUUUUUACUUGACGUGUUGUGGUUAAGUUAGUUGUCCAGUGAGUUUCCUUUUAAAUGAUUGUUAUGUAAUCAUGAGAAGUGCUGGUUAUCCCUCCAGUGAUAUUUUUUGUAGGACAUUUUAUAUACAUCAUGAAUAAUUGGUGAUAUAAUUUUAACUGCUUGUGAUACUGUGUAAUGAAGAGCAUAGUUUUAUAUAGCCAUUAAAUCUCUUCAGCAAAUCGGAGUUAAAAAAAAAUUAAUUAAAAAAGUAAGCGCUAGUCUGGUGAAAUAAAAGAAUAAACAUUUUGCGAAAAAGGAAA